AUGAAUUGCAUUGAUACAGAAUCAUCUUGUAAUUCUAUACCAAUACCUUUUCAAGCUUCAGCUGCAGGACCAUCACUCCUGCCCAGAAUUGUCACGAGCGAUGGCUCUUUUGGACACCCAGAAACUUGCCGACCACCUUGCGUUCAAAUCGUCAAGAACGGAACAUGCCAUCUUGGUUUUGCAUGUGGCUUUUGCCACAUGACACACGGCAAGAAAGUGAGAUUGCACAAGUGCCAGCGCCUCAUGUUGAAGCACGCAGACCGAGGACAGCGUUUGGAGAUCAUUGUGCCCAUCAUAAUUCGGAAGCUAGAGAGGCUUGGAGACCCAUACUCUGUCAACAUCAUUGAGCUGCUGAAAGACUAUUUGGCGCCAGCCUCCAGUGAAGAAUGGCAGAAGAAAGUUCGUCAGGUGAAGCUUUAUCGUAGCUUGGAGCGGAUGAAUACCACUGCCUUGAUGGAUUUGGCUGGCAACGAUCUUUUUGCAUCGGAUGUCCUGGAGGCGCUGCACGAGCUCCGACAGAACCAUUUUUCCUUCGAGUCUCAGGAAGAACCCGACACCGACACGGGAUGUUUGACUGUUUUUUCACUUUGA